AGAUCACUGUGUGCCCUCCGCCAUGGUUCACAAACAGCUCCCGAAAAUGUUGCUGCUCUUAGCUUCUUUCGCUAUCUUCUCUCUAGAACCGAAAUUGAUUCUCUUCCAGUCAAGGAGGAACAGAGAAAGUUUACAACUACUGAAAGCUUUGCCGAGCUCAUCAGUCCAGCUGUGUCUAGCACACAGGAAGAAUUUCCUGCUCCCUCAGCAGUCUGUGAGUCCUCACCAGCACCAAGAGGGACAUGUACUGGCUGUUCUGCACGAGAUCCUUCAGCAGAUCUUCGUUCUCUUCCAGACACAUAGUUCUCGGGGCGUUUGGGAGGAAAACCAUAUAGAAGAAGUCCUAGCUGCGCUUCACCGUCAGCUGGGAUACUUGGAGUCGCUGGGUGGACUGAAAGCAGAGCGGAAGAGUGGGGGCUUGAGUGUGAAGGACCUUAGGUUACAGAUCAAAGCGUACUUCAGGAGGAUCCACGAUUACUUGGAAAACCACAGGUACAGCACCUGUGCCUGGAUCAUUGUCCAGAUAGAAGUCAACCGCUGUAUGUUCUUUGUGUCCAGGCUCGCAAGACGGCUGAACAGCCAGGACAUAGACUCUUGAACACUGCGAAGCAAGAGCCAACAGUGGAUUUUAAAGUCAUAGGUUGGUGGCAGAGUGGGAGGA